AUAUACGCGCCCAAUUCGGAAGUCGGAAUAAAUUGGAAGAGGUCAGAGGGGAGGGCACGUCGACUGAGGAGCUGCAAAAAUCCAGAAAAGAUGAGGUUGUCGAUGGUUUUAUCUUACCUCCCGAAGACAGUGAGGGGAAUGAGAUACAAAUGGUACUUCAAUACAGAGCACGUGCCCGGCAAACAGUGGAUUGGAAAGCACCGUCGCUGGCGACCAAUCACGUUGACGAUGAAGAGGAACACGUUGAAAAGACUGCGGUGGGAAGCAGAGACAGAGAAGUAUCUGUCCACAUGUCACUUGUCACAGGCGGAGGAGGCAUGUAUUGACGAGGAAUCUCGUGCGUCGAAGGAGUUUGAAAAGAUCAGGGAUUGGAACUACCGGAAAAGGAUGCCGGCACACAAGUACAUACAGGACCAUCUAGAACACCUGAAUAUCCAUAAGAGAUGGGCAGAUCCCCAGGAAUACCAGAGAGACAUUCCUGUUCGGAAGAAGAAAUCAUACUUGGACUUCAAGUAAAUCAGGUUGAAGCUGUAGCCAUAGUGAUAAUCUAGAGAAUCUGAAUUAUGUUUUGGCUUGUGCAUAUGUGGUAGCCAUGAUUUAAUCUUUAAACAUUCAAGAAUGCCAGGUU